AAUGAUAUUCGUUCACCAGUAUUGACGAAAAACAAACACUAGAACCACACCAGAUGUCCGAAUCUGAUACUCCCUUUCAAAUUAAGAUCGAUCUGGCCGACAAGAAGGUACAGCAAAUUCUCCAAAAAUAUCUAAACUUUCCUCUUGCAGCACCGAUGGCUCAAGAGGUAUUCAGCACGCCGAUCAUCAUCGACAAUGGGUCGGGCGUGUGCAAGGCUGGCUUCAGCCACGACAAGAAGCCGAGAGUGGUUUUCCCCGCCGUCGUUGGGCGGCCACGCCACCAGAACGUCCUGCUGGACUGCCGCAUCGUGGACGCCAUUGGGGAUGUGGCGAUCAGCAAGCGGGGCAUGCUAACCCUGAAGUACCCCAUUGAGCACGGUGUGGUCACCAAUUGGGAGGACAUGGAGAAGAUAUGGAAGCACACGUACUACCUGCUCGACGUCGAUCCGGGGGAGUCUCCCGUGCUGCUCACCGAGGCACCGCUCAACCCGCGGGCGAACCGCGAGAAGAUGGCGGAGAUCAUGUUCGAGCACUUCGAUGUGCCGGCCCUAUACGUGGCCAUACAGGCGGUGCUUUCGCUCUACGCCACCGGACGCACCACAGGGCUGGUGCUCGACUCCGGCGACGGUGUCACCCACACGGUGCCCAUCUACGAGGGCUACUCCAUAUCGCAUGGCUGCAAGCGCCUGGAUCUGGCUGGCCGGGAUCUCAGCGAGUACCUGUGCAAGCUGCUCACGGAGCGUGGCCUGAAGAUGACCACCAGUGCCGAGCAGGACAUUGUGCGCGACAUAAAGGAGAAGCUCUGCUACGUUUCCCUUAACUACAAUCGCGAAUUGAUGGAGCAAUCGCACGGACUGGAGCCGGACUUGACUGCUGGUCGCUCCGAAGAAGGAGCGGAGAUCUACGAGAUGCCCGAUGGCCAGAAGAUCAAGCUGGGCAGCGAGCGAUUCCGUUGCCCGGAGGCCCUGUUCCAGCCCAGUCUGCUGGGCCUCCAGAUAGAGGGUGUGCACGAGGCCACCUACAAGUCGAUCCUCAAGUGCGACAUUGACCUGCGCCGGGACAUGUACGAGAACAUUGUGCUCUCGGGCGGCACCACCAUGUUCCCCAACAUUGGGGAGCGCCUGCAGCAGGAGAUCGCCCUGAUGGCGCCGCCCAGCACCAGGAUCAAGAUCAAAGCCUGUCCCGAGCGUCGGUUCGCCGUCUGGCUGGGCGGCUCGGUGCUGGCCUCCCUCAGCAGCUUCCAGGACAUGUGGAUCAACAGGUCGGAGUACGAGGAGGUGGGCGCCAGCAUUGUGCAUCGCAAGUGCUUCUAAAUCUUAAACAAUGUGGCGUGUGGCGGCGGCGGGGUGGGG